AUGUUAAACAAGUUGUUAUUACAAUUAUUCAUCUUAUUAACAAUCACUAUCAUUCAUGAUGUGAAAUGUGGUGGUGAAGAAGAAACAACUACUACUCCAUUACCAACAACCACAUCAGUUGCUAUUAAAGUAUAUGAAAGCACAAUUCCAGCUUAUACAAUUAUGAUUGGACUCAGUAUACAUGUAAUACAUAGUUUUGUCGUUUGUAAAAUGAUGUAA